CCAGGACAACGCACCUGUUGCAGGCAUGCCGGACACGGAGCGCGCCGAGCCGGCGCCGGCGGGGCGUCCCGAGAACCGCACCGCCGCCAAGACCAACGACAUCGCGCUGCUCAAGCUGAUGGAGCGCACUGGCUACAACAUCAUCCAGGAAAACGGCCAGCGCAAGUACGGCGGGCCACCGCCCAACUGGACGGGCCCGCCGCCCGUCAAGGGCAGCGAGGUGUUCGUGGGCAAGAUUCCGCGCGACCUGUUCGAAGACGAGCUGGCGCCCGUCUUCGAGACGGUCGGCAAAAUCUACGAGGUGCGGCUGAUGAUGGACUUUAGCGGCUCAAACCGCGGCUACGCCUUCGUCAUGUUCAGCACGCCUUCGGAGGCGAGCGCGGCCGUGCGCCGGCUCAACAACUACGAGAUCCGCAAGGGUCGCUACAUUGGCGUGGUCAAGUCGGUGGACAACUGCCGCCUGUUCGUGGGUGGCCUGCCCAAGAACAAGGUCAGAGACGAGAUCUUCGACGAGAUGGCGAAGGUGACUGAGGGCGUGGUGGACGUGAUCGUGUACAGCUCGGUGACCGACAAGAGCAAGUCGCGAGGCUUCGCGUUCGUCGAGUACAAGAACCACAAGGCGGCGGCGAUGGCACGCCGCAAGCUCAUCCCGGGCCGCAUCCAGCUGUGGGGGCAGACGAUCGCCGUCGAUUGGGCUGAGCCCGAGCCGGACGUCGAUGAGGAGACCAUGUCCAAGGUGACGGUGCUGUACGUCCGGAACCUGCUGCUGUCCACAACCGAAGACCAGAUUCGGGACGCCUUCAGUCGCGCCGCAGACGGCGGCGUGGAGCGCGUCAAGAAACUGCGCGACUUCGCCUUCGUCCACUUCGCCAGCAGGGACAAGGCCACCCGCGCCCAGGAGAAACUCGACCACACGGACCUGGACGGCUCGUUGGUGGAGGUCACGUGGGCCAAGCCGAUCGACAAGUCGCGACACGACCGGUACAAGGCGGCGGCCCACUGCGCGGUGUACCCGACCGCGCCACACGGCUUCGUCUCCGAGGCGCCCUUCUUCAGUCUGUCACCGGGACUCGGCAGCCCCGGGUCACCUGUCCAACCGGUGUUCCGCUCGCCCAACAAGCAGCGGGGACGGGGCGCGGCUGGCGUGCGCGGCAGGGCGUUCCUGCCCGGCUCGCCGGCGGCCGGCCGUGCCGCCGUUGGCCACAGGAAGCCCGUGGAGAUGCGUGCUCUGCUGGACUUCUCACCUGACCUCGAGCUCGUGCUCACUAACCCGUGCACACUGAAACCCAUGCGGAAUGCGGUACAGAUUCUGCACGAUCUGUGCAUUAACAACAAGUGGGGCGAACCACAGUACCAGCUGCACUCGACCACCAAGACGACGGGCCAGGCCGACCCUCCCAUCCAGCUGUUCAUGUACAAGGUCACCGUGCCCAGCCUGCCGCCCGAGUACAACACCUUCCAGGGCAGCCGGCUGAGCCUGAACCCGGAGGAGGCGCGCCUGCUUGCCGCCGAGGUGGCGCUCAGUCAGCUGGGAGUGCCGCUGGACAACGGCGAGGGCGCUGGCUCGCCGCCCCAGGCCAUGCUGUCGCGCCCGAUGGCAGCCGCCGGGUACAGCACGCCCUCUCCAAACGGCAGCCCUGGCGGCUACAACGGCGCCUACCAGUUCAUGUACAACCCCUGCCUGUUCGGCAAAGUGAUCCCCGCUUUCGACCACCACGGCAUGUACGACGGCUACGGACUGGCUGGCCACCACGGCCACCCGCCGGCCAUCUACUGAGCGGCCAGCCCGGCACCCGGGCGCGCUGCGGCGCGACACCCCUCGCGUCGCCCGCUGGCGCCCGGCGUGGAUGGAGCCCACCGGACAGCGUGCGCGCGCCAGACUUGCUCCGUCGGCGGCGCGCUAGUGCAAGAAGUACCCUUUGUUUUCGUGAGGAGCGUUUGUUGCAUGCCUUUAUAGGAAGAACCCUUUAUUUUAGCAUUCGUGUUUGCUGUAGGUGUGUGGCGGCGGCGUCGCUGCGGAGGUGCCGCUGCGCCGACUGGUGUCCUAAGUUGCGUCUCAACAGGCCGUUGGGUUACGAUGGUGGCUAGCCUCUUAGCGCCGCGGCCUUGUGCGGGCCGCCGGCCGUCGUAGCGCUGUUUUAGGUUCGUUACGGUGCAGCCCACUGGCAGUCCUUUGCCGUGAUGGACGGGCACGUGUGGGACGUGCGGUCGGUCUCAGUAACCCUACCCCGGCCCCGCACGGCACGCUCGCUGGGCGCGAGAGCCAAUACUCAGUCACCGGGCGGUCCGACCGACCUGCUCUCUUUCGCCCGCUCGUGGAACUAGCAUUUUGUGGAGUGUCCGCUCGCCCAGGCGUCGCGCUUUGUUGUGAUUUCCUGGCGCCGGAGUGGGAGCAGGCCUCGCCUCGCCUCUCCGUGCCGCCUCGAUCAGAAGCGAUUUCGAGCUGACCCUCUGAUAAACUGCUCGCACUUUCCCCGUGCCCCUCCACAUUGCAAACCAUCGGCCCCUGUCCCUACAUGGCGUGGCGCGACGCGCGGCUGCCGGCGCGGGGCUGGAGCGCCCGCCGCCGCCGCCUGUGCCUCGCCCAGUCCGUAGCGUCCGGGAGGCCCAGUCCAGCCGGCGCCAGUCCGCACCGCGAGGACCACGGUAGUCCGGAUCUCGAGGACCACGGUUGUCUGGACCUCGAGGGCUUGCUGUGCGCCGGUUGGUAAUUCGAGUGAUUAGGUUUAGAUUUGCGUAUCCCGGGAUUCUGCGAUUGCAGCUCAUGUAAUAUGGGUAGAUUAAGGCCAAGCACCGUGCAGUGCUCGCAGGGAACUCGGGCGAUGGUCCGAGGCCCUUGUUUAAAACGCCCUCGUAAUUUCAGGGGGCAGCGAAUUUUGUCUUAUCACGUACCGCUGCAUUUCCGUGGCAGGAAUUGAGUUGUUUUUUGAUGGCCAAAAGCGCGACGACGAUUCACACGAAUCGAGCCUGCUGGUGCUUGCGCUAAUUUAAUUUGUUUUUAAUGCACCUGGGCACGUGCGUUUAGAAUAAGUUGUAUGAUAACAUCGGGGCGUUGGCGUGUGGCCUGAGCCCCGAAAUGCUUGCGGAUCGGAACGCGUCGAGGGACCCAGACCUUUGCGAAGAAUCAAGCCAUAAUUCUGCAAUAAACGUUGCUCAUACGGAUCGUUGUCUCAGUCCGCGGUCUGAUAUCCAGGCAGAAGGAGACCGAACCGAACGCGUCAGUGCCGGCCAGCGGCGCGGGAACGCGCACCACGGGCGCGGGGGACGUCAGCGAUUGAGAGUAUGAUGGUACCUUCGCACCCCUUCUGCGCUGGGCUGGGUCGCAAAGACGACGGGGCCUGGGCGUCAAGACCAUGGAGGGAGACUUGUUCCUCACGCCAUACUCGUGGGCCUGAGGGGCGACGAGCGGCAGGCGACGCGCCAUGCCGUUUUGUCAAUACGUGCUCGAAUGCUCCAGCCACAAAGCGGUCCACUGCGUACUUUGCCGGUCCGCACUUCGACCCUUGGCUCCUCGUAGCCGAACGAUGCAUUUAGAGUUAAACAGCAUUCCGCACGAAGUUCAGUCAGUCUUUCGGUAAGAUGUUUCUUGUAUCACGCGAGGCGAACGUCCGCACCGAGCCGCUGGCGUCAUCUGAUCGGGGGACUUCGUGACCCCGAUCGGAAAUG